CACACCACUCUUCCACAUACCACUCUAUAACCCCUGCAGUUUAGUUGGAUAAGGAGCCCGAAACAGUCGCUAAGCGCAUCCCGUUGUUCCAGUUUCGUCGACUGCACGAGAGUUUGGGGGGGGUUUAUUCUCUGGUCUGCAAUGGCACACACGUGCGUGUCGACAUCGGCUUCAUCCCUCAGAUUCAACUCCCUUCUCUUCUCCCCAAACCCUAGUUCCUCUUUCGAAUCCCAGAGCCUCUGUCUUCCUUUAGAGCCCCUCCGUUCCAGGAAACUAAAGAAGCUAGUCAGUAAUCAGAAGAAAGUGAGGAACUCAACAGCUAAGGCUGUCUACACCAGUAACUUGUGGAUGCCAGAGAGUUCUCAUCAAGGAAUUUGGUCCAUUAGGGAUGACUUGCAAAUCCCGUCUUCCCCUUACUUCCCUGCAUAUGCGCAAGGGCAAGGGCCACCCCCAAUGGUGCAAGAACGCUUCCAGAGUGUUAUUAGUCAGCUUUUCCAACAUAGAAUAAUACGCUGUGGUGGAGCUGUUGAUGAUGAUAUGGCCAAUAUUAUUGUCGCUCAGCUCCUUUAUCUUGAUGCUGUUGAUCCUAAUAAGGAUAUUGUCAUGUAUGUAAAUUCUCCUGGUGGGUCCGUUACUGCAGGUAUGGCUGUAUUUGAUACAAUGAGGCAUAUACGCCCUGAUGUCUCCACAGUCUGUGUUGGACUCGCUGCUAGGCAAAUGAAAUGCUGCAUCAUAAGGCAAACUUGAAUAGUUAUCUAGCCUACCACACGGGACAAAGUCUCGAAAGGAUCAAUCAGGACACAGACCGUGAUUUCUUCAUGAGUGCCAAAGAAGCCAAAGAAUAUGGGCUUAUUGAUGGAGUCAUCAUGAACCCUCUGAAAGCUCUUCAACCAUUGACAGCUUCAGAAGAAGAUAACGCUCAGCCUGUCGCAUAACCUUCUUCUGUGGCUGUUAAGAUCGGUGACGUGCCUGUUUAAUGCGGUAGAAAAGAGAGUGAUCAAUAUACUGCUGAAAAGUGGAUAACCAUUAUGUAUCAUAGCUGAAGAAAUUUUUUGGCGUUAGUGCCCUGGUCAAACCAAAGUUCUGAGACAUAGGUUUUGUUUUUUUUUUUUACUCCUUUUGGUACUUCAGUUGAUAAAUCUAUUUAUCAUAUCCCCUUUAUUUAUUCUUGCUUGCCACUGUUUAUGAAUGAAACAUACAUGUUGAAGGUUUGCGUUUCGGAAGUGUUAAAUGUUGUUUAUGAAGCUCAGUUUUCUCGA